AUGCUGCCUCCCGUGCCUCGCCUGGAGGAUUACGGUAUCUCGGCGGCAAGUGGUUUCCUGCCGGCUGAACCGCCACUGCACAACCUACCAGCUUUCUACGCCAAAUGGGAAGCUAUUGUCUGCAAUCUGCAGCCUUUACUUCUGAGCAAGCGCAUGCGUGCUGUCGUGGACUGUCUUCCGAUUCUUUCUACGUCCAAUCUUCGAACGGAUGCCGAAUGGCGCCGCGCAUAUGUGGUAUUGGUUUUCAUCUUGCAUGGCUAUGUCUGGGGUGGUGAUCGACCAGCCGAGAGAAUUCCCCCACAGCUUACACAGCCUCUCUUCGAGGUCUGUGAACGAGUGCAGCUGCCUCCAGUUGCAACCUAUGCCGGCGUCUGUCUCUGGAACUACCGCCCAAUCUUCCCCAACGAACCUACCGAUAAUCUGGAUAAUCUCGCCUGCUUGCAAACCUUCACUGGCUCCCUCGACGAGCAAUGGUUUUUCCUCGUCUCAGUCGCCAUGGAAGCACGUGGUGCAGCGUCGAUCCCGCUGAUGCUUCAGGCGAUCGCCGCUGCGCGUCAAGACAGGGCUGAGAUCGUGACGCAGUGCCUGCAGCGCCUUGCAGAGAUCAUAGAUGAGAUCAGCGGACUGCUCAUGCGUAUGUACGAUAACUGCGACCCAUACGUCUUCUACAAUCGCAUCCGUCCAUACCUAGCCGGCAGCAAGAACAUGGCCGAUGCCGGGCUACCGAAUGGAGUGCUCUAUGACGAUGGUCACAACACGCCCCAAUACCGCCAAUACGGCGGAGGCAGCAAUGCCCAAAGCUCUUUGAUCCAGUUCUUCGAUAUUGUCUUGGGCAUUGAACACCGCCCAACUGGAGUCACACGGAAGGACCAAGCCUCUGCCGAUGCCGAAGGUAGCCCGCGACCUCGACAUGGCUUCAUUCAUGAGAUGCGUGAAUACAUGCCUGGCCCACACCGACGAUUCCUACAAGAUGUCGAAUCUGUCGCUAAUAUCCGGGCCUACGUCGAGGCUCACCGCAGCGAUGCCGGCCUGUGCAUCGCCUACGAUGCCUGUUUGUCUAUGUUGAGAGUGAUGCGUGACAAGCACAUACAGAUCGUUUCGCGGUACAUCAUUCUUCAGUCACGGGGUGCGCGAGCUGCAUCGCAACCCGGCGAACCCAGCAAGCCGGCUGUCAAGAACCUUGCUACUGCCGCACCCAAAGAUAAUAAGAAGUUGCGUGGAACUGGUGGCACGGCACUUAUCCCAUUCCUUAAGCAGGCGCGCGAUGAGACGGGCGAACCGGCUAUUGAUGCAUGGGCUCGACGUUUGCUCAGUAAUGGCUCCGUAGAUAAGGGCUCCGCUGCUCUUAGCAAGGUCGGCGAACAACCCGAUGGUCAUCUUGAGGUGGUUGGUCUAUGUGGAACAUGGACCGCUGAUGAUAGUGAAGGCGGAAUCUGCCACUGGUAG